UUCUCGGCCGCAGCCCUUACCUGGGUGCCCCGGAUAGGGAAGGUGGGGCGUCCUGCCUCGCUUACCGGCGCACUCCCGCGGGCUGGCGGGCAGGAACUUGGCUGUGUUGUCCUGCCGCAGAGAACGAACGCACUUAUGACAAGUCCCUAAGUUGCCGCCCUGGCAAAGGAAGAAAUUCAGGUAGAAUUCCAGCAUGGAAUUUUCAGCGAACUCUUAUUUCAAGACUUCAUAAAGAACAAGGGCCAUGUGGAAACAUUUUUGAGAGGGAUUUCUUGGCCCAAGUUUGAGAAAGGACAAAAUAAUGUGUGACCAACCUGAAACUUCCACUACAGAGGUCAAAUGGCAGAAGGUGUUGUACAAACAACAGCCCUUCCCUGAUAACUAUGUAGACCAACGAUUCCUGGAAGAGCUCCGGAAGAACAUUUAUGCCCGGAAAUACCAAUAUUGGGCCGUGGUGUUUGAGUCCAGUGUGGUGAUACAACAGCUGUGCAGCGUCUGUGUUUUUGUGGUUAUCUGGUGGUACAUGGAUGAGGGUCUUUUGGCCCCUCAUUGGCUGUUAGGAACUGGCCUGGCGUCUUCACUGAUUGGAUAUGUCCUAUUCGAUCUCAUCGAUGGAGGCCAAGGGCGGAAGAAGAGUGGGCGAACCCGCUGGGCUGACCUGAAGAGUGCCCUUGUCUUCAUUACUUUCACUUACGGUUUUUCCCCAGUGCUGAAGACCCUGACAGAGUCUGUCAGCACAGACACCAUCUAUGCCAUGUCAGUCUUCAUGCUGUUAGGCCACCUCAUCUUCUUUGACUAUGGCGCCAAUGCUGCCAUCGUAUCCAGCACGCUGUCCCUGAACAUGGCCAUUUUUGCUUCCGUCUGCCUGGCUUCACGUCUUCCCCGGUCCCUGCAUGCCUUCAUCAUGGUGACGUUUGCCAUCCAGAUUUUUGCCCUGUGGCCCAUGUUACAGAAGAAACUGAAGGCAUGCACUCCCCGCAGCUAUGUGGGGGUAACCCUGAUUUUUGCAGUUGCAGCCUUUGGAGGCCUGCUGUCCAUCAGCACUGUGGGAGCCGUACUCUUUGCCCUUCUGCUGUUUUCCAUCUCAUGUCUCUGCCCUUUCUACCUCAUUCGCCUGCAGCUCUUUAAGGAAAACAUUCAUGGACCUUGGGAUGAAGCUGAAAUCAAAGAAGACUUGUCCAGGUUCCUCAGCUAAUUUAAGGACUUCCACGGUAUUAGGGCGGUAGACAAGGGUCCUGCCAGUGUAACGUGUGAAGGUGGAGUUCCACUCUGGAAGUAGCAGGCUGAUGUGGGUGAGAGCGGGGAUCAGAAGAAAAACCAAUUAACCAGAGGCUUGUACGGUGAAGGCACUCAUCCUUUCUGCUAUUCUGUAGAUGGGAAAGCUUUCUGGUUCCCUCUUAAAUGACUGCCUCUCAUGUACUAUUUGCAAGAGCAAAUGAAGUGAUAUGGUUUCUACUUAUUAAAAGAAUAACACCACGUCAUCCAUCAAGU